GAAACUUCAAAGAAAUAGAUCAAUUUUCGCUUUUCCAAACCUAUUUUCCGAAAGAAAUUUCUCCCCCUGGAACUCAUUGCUUAUAUAAACAAGUUCAUUCGCAACUACUCUGUGUCCUAGGAAAGGUAGAGAGGCGGUGAGAAUAUGCAUCCGAAAGUGUAUGAGGCUGCAAAGUCGGGAGACUUCGAUUCCCUCAACGCGAUAAUUUCAGGAAAUGGAGAGGACCUUUUCCACCUAACGACGCCAAAGGGGAACAACAUUCUUCACGUUGCUGCUCAACACAAGCAGGUACAUUUCAUUGAACUUCUCCUUCAAUGUCCAUCAGGACCGUCCCUUCUUUGGCAGGGUAACUACAGAGGAGACACUCCCCUACACCUUGCUGCUAAAGUGGGAAGCUGCAGAGCGGUCCUAGUCUUCACGGAUCUGGCGAAAUCGCUACGUUGGGUUGUUGAAAACGGACAAGUCGAUGCAUGCAAAGAGCUACUUCGAAAGCAGAAUUUGCAUAAGGAUACGGCGCUACACUGUGCACUAAAAGGACGCCAUCAUUACUGGGUGGUGAAGUUGCUGAUUGAAGAAGAUCCUCAACUGUGUGAUAUUACUAAUGCUGCUGAUGAGUCCCCGCUUUAUCUUGCAGCAAGUAGAGGAUUUCCUUAUACCGCCGAGCUGAUGUUAGGUGCUUUCUCGUUGUCAUCCUCUCAUAAGGGCCCUAAAGGUUUGACAGCUCUGCAUGCUGCAGUGUAUUGGUCAUCGACCUGGUGGCCGAAAUUCCUGGAGAAGAGACCAGAAGUCAUUAGAGAAGGAGAUGAUUUGGGGUGGACUCCUCUUCAUUAUUUUGCUUCCUGGGACAACGUCGAAGCAGUCGGACUGCUUCUGCAGCAUGAUGCUUCUGUAGCAUAUAUCGCAGACAAAGAGGGGCAAUCGGCUCUUCAUGUUGCAGCAUUUCUGGGCAAAGUGAAUGCCAUUGACGAGCUUAUUAGAUCCUGUCCUGAUGCUGGUGACAUAAUGAACGACAAAGGGCAAACGGCUCUUCACGCAGCUGUAAUCGGCGGACGAGUAAAUGUAGUCAAGUACAUACUUGGGACGCCAGACCUAGAGGAUCUUGUUAAUGAACAAGACGCCGAUGGAAACACGGCUCUGCAUUUGGCUGUGCUUCAUAAACAGUACAACAUCAUAUACAAACUCGCACGAGACAAGAGAGUGGACCGUUUGGCUACAAAUAAGGAUCAUUCAACAGCCAUCGAAAUCUUUGAUUCUCAUAAAGAGGUCGGCUACAGAGCUGAAAAGGUUCGCCAUGUGCUGAAUGGAUCUCGUGGAAUCCUGGGUUCUCAGAGCUACGCUAUUGAAUAUGCUAAGAAGAGGUUACACAAGCAAGUUGUUGAGAUUCAAGCUUUUGUGGGUCAACCAGCCGUGACUAUAACAGCUGUAGGAAGUAAUACCUCCAGGAGAGAGACUUUUGAUUUAUCAAAAAGGAAAAUCGUCGAACUUGAACUACUAGUGGCGGUGCUCAUAGCCACAGUGACGUUCGCCGUGGCCUUCACGGUGCCCGGAGGUUAUAACGACGAUGGAAUGGCCAUUCUUGCUGGCAGGGCGGCUUUCAAAGCCUUUAUGAUAUCUAACACUACUGCAUUUGGCUUCUCCAUCUUGGCAUUGUUCUUACUGUAUGAUACUUCCUUUUUCAGUGAUCACCAACAAAGGAGAUACACCGGCAUCGCAAAGCUUUGCACUUACGUUGGGAUAGUCGGGAUGGUGCUAGCCUUUGCUUGUGGUAUGCACGUAGUAUCGACUAGAACCACCUGGCUUGGAAUCUUUCCUUAUGUUAUGAUUGGAUGUCUCGUGACUAUGUACAACAUCGGUGCUUUUCUUGACCCCGAAGUUCCUAUCUGGUGGUUACGUUGGUCUCCCAGAGAAAAAGUCCGGACUUUACUGUUUGAUUAUGGGAUACUCUAG